CCUGGGUAAGGAGAUGGGUCAGGUAGUAGUACCACACCACCUUUGAGGCCUCGAUCUGCGUGUGGUGUUUGAUAGAGCAUACAGUUAGAAGGAAUUCUAAUUCUUCCUCCGCAAAGGGAGGGGACAACGAAAGAAACGACACAACUACCAAGUUGACUCCUUAAUAAUAUCCAAUCAUGGUGACACGCUUUUUGUUGUUGCCUCAAGAAGCUGCACUCAAAAAAACUUGCUUUUCCCAAUAACAUCUGUCACCCUUUUAGAUAUUCCAUCCAUCCAUCUAUCUAUCUAUCUAUUUCUUCUUAAUUUUAGCAAAUUGCCAGUUUAAGCAAAAGAAAUAUCUUUUCCCGUUUUCAUCGUUGUAAAUGGUUUUGCAUCUGUUGGGGCUGAUGGAGAAGGUUUGAUGCCAUCAAUCCUCUCCCGGAAACCACAUAUUCCCAUUCUGGGUUUUGAUCCUUCCGAGUUUAAGGUUGUGGGAUUUUCAUGCUUUUGUGAUAUGCUGAUGUGGGUUGGGUAAUUUGGAAGGUGAUUAAUGGUUAAUGGUUGUUCCUCUCCAAUCGUUAUUUGAAAGGAAUUGUUGGAAGUUGGUGUUUGUCAGGUUCACAGUAUCCGCUUGGCAAAUUGAAAUAGAAUAGAGAUUCUUCCAAAGUUUGAGAGUUGGCAACUCAUUGGUUGCGCAGAGUUGAAGAGUUGUGGACAAAACUACUGGAACCUGUUUUCCAUCUCUCUCGAGAAUUAUGUGGGGCUUUGAAUGUUACAACCAAUUCCUUCCGAUGCGUGAGAAAAUUUAAUUUAGUUGUUGCUGUUGGUUGGUUUGGUGAAUGGAAUGAACCUUUUGACAGAGAACAAGAUCUCUCCAACAAGCCUUUUUAUUAUUUCAGAAUUUAGGAUUGUUUAAGGUUUGAUGAUUUCGUGUCGGGGGUGUUUGUCCAAAAGGGAAUUUGAGGCCUUUUGAUGAGGCUGUGAAGAGACCCACUGCUUCCAAUUUCCCGAAUAGUGUUUUUGUCGUGAUUUCUGAGGGACAUGAAGUUUCUGAGCCUGGUGGGGAAUUCUUUUGGAUGUUCUGCAUCUGGUGAGCGCUUAGUUUCUGCAGCCAGAGAUGGGGAUGUUCAAGAAGCCAAGGCCUUAUUGGAAUAUAACCCUCGUCUUGCAAGGUAUUCCACUUUCGGAGUUCGCAAUUCCCCUUUGCAUUAUUCUGCAGCUCAUGGCCACCAUGAGAUAGUGUAUCUGUUACUUGAGUCCGGAGUUGAUAUCAAUCUCAGGAAUUAUCGCGGUCAGACUGCAUUGAUGCAAGCUUGUCAACAUGGUCACUGGGAGGUGGUUCAGACCCUGGUUAUUUUUAAUGCCAAUAUCCAUAAAGCUGAUUACCUAAAUGGAGGUACUGCCCUUCACUUGGCUGCUUUGAAUGGCCAUACCCGGUGCAUUCGGCUCAUCCUCGCUGACUAUAUACCUAGCGUCCCUAACUUUUGGAAUGCAUUACAGACAGGUGAUCAUAAAUCAAUCUCAGAAUUUGAUCAAAGUGGUCUCUGCGAGGUGAUUAACAGAACUGCUGAUGGAGGCAUCACUGCUCUGCAUAUGGCAGCAUUAAAUGGGCAUGUUGAAAGUGUACAGUUACUCUUGGACUUGGGAGCUUCUGUGUCCGAGGUUACUGUGGAGGAUGGAACUACCAUUGACUUAAUUGGUUCUGGAAGCACUCCACUCCAUUAUGCUGCAUGUGGUGGAAAUCAACAAUGUUGUCAACUGUUGAUUGCCAAGGGUGCCAAUCUGACUGCUGAGAAUGCAAAUGGAUGGACCCCCUUGAUGGUUGCUCGUUCUUGGCAUAGAGACUGGCUUGAGGACAUCUUAAAAACACCUCCAGCAGACCCCUUACAAGUUCUUCCUUCUCCAUAUAUAUCUCUUCCACUUAUGAGCAUUGUGCGAAUUGCUAGAGAAUGUGGAUGGAGGACAAAUGAUUUAGCACCAUGCUUAGAUCCAUGCGCUGUUUGUUUGGAAAGGAAAUGUACGGUCGCUGUAGAAGGUUGUGAUCACGAGUUCUGCACACAAUGUGCCUUGUAUCUUUGUUCUACAAACUCUACUUCAACAACCACAACAGGACCCCCAGGUUCAAUUGCAUGCCCUCUCUGCAGGCACGGCAUAGUCUCAUUUGUGAAGCUUCCAGACGCAAGACCACUACACAAGGAAAUGCAAAGGACAUCAAACUUGUCCCUAACAUUUUGCACAUGUUCAAGUGAGGUAUUAGGGGAUUCCAGUGACAUGACCACCCCAUUUUGCAAACCAACUUCCCGUGGAUCCAAAAAUUCUUCCCCUUCAAGAUCAUUUCGCUCCAUUAGCUGCCAAGGGUUCCCCUCAUUCAGAAUGAACCCCAGCCUUUGCUUGGGAGCAGAUGUUAGCCCCUCCUUAGUGCCUUGCACUGUGGGCAGAAACGUGAGGAACCACUUGGCAAGGUGUUCUGGUUCCAGUUUCAGACGAUCAUCUUCUCAAACAGAAAGAAGGAAGUCAUCAUGGUUUUGUUCCCUCAAUCAAUCUGUUGACACAGGCAGUGGAUGCUGAUUACAUUUUGGUCUUUUUCUUUCUCACCCCAACAUUAUACCCCAUGAUUCCAAAUAUCAUCCACUGUUCACUACAUUUCUACAUUGAUUGUAAAUACCAAGCCCAAUUGUUUUCAGCUGGGACAAAUUUCUUUUUUGGCAACAUAUUUCACAACACAAUUUCUACAAGACUCAUGCUUGGUGCACGUAAAUGCAAACUGCUCUAUGUGGAAUUCAUGGCUUAUAAUUAUCAAAUAGCAAACCUGUAAACUAGUUGAAGGAAAAAUCGUAUUGUUUGUGAUCAUGGCUUGUAAUUAUCAUACGUUCUGCUUGAAA